AAUUUGACGGAGAACAGAAUCAGAGCAAGGAAGAGCCGGCCAGUCUUCUCGGCGGGUUUGGUUCAGCAUCCCUGCAGGCCCGCUAUUACGCAGGCGCAGUUCCACUACGCUCAGACACCAGAACACGGCGCCGCUCGCGGGGCCGUCGGUAGGCGGCGCUGUGGAGCGCCAAGGCCCGGGCCGUACCAUCGAGCACGGUGCCGGGAGGGGGGGGAGCACCCGCUGGCCAAGGACAGGAAGAUGGCGGCCCUGGGGUCCCCGGCGCGCACCCUGAGAGGCCUUCUGCGGGAGCUGCGCUACCUGAACGCGGCCACCGGGCGACCGUAUCGCGACACAGCAGCCUACCGGUACCUGGUGAAGGCUUUCCGAGCACAUCGGGUCACCAGUGAGAAGUUGUGCAGAGCCCAGCACGAGCUUCACUUCCAAGCUGCCACCUAUCUCUGCCUCCUGCGCAGCAUCCGGCAACAUGUGGCCCUCCAUCAGGAAUUUCAUGGCAAGGGUGAGCGUUCAGUGGAGGAGUCUGCUGGUUUGGUGGGCCUCCAGUUACCCCAUCAGCCUGGAGGGAAGGGCUGGGAGCCGUGAUGGAGAGUCCUCAGAUGCCCCUUCAUUCAAGAAUCCAACCAUUUCUACCACUAUGUAUUUAUUAAAUGUUUUGUAAAGUGUA